UUCACUCACCCCAAUAAGAAGAGACCAGACCCUCACUCAUUCCCACCUGUUCCUCCACUUCUCCCCUCCCUGAGGCAGAGCGUUUAAUAGAAUAAAACCAGCCAAAGAAAGUUUUCGCUUUUCUUCUUCUUCUUCUUCUUCUUCAUUCGUGCUCUGUUUCUCACAGAACCAGGGCAUGGAACGUUUCACAGUUCCCUUCUUCCUAUUCAUCUCCAUUGUUUCUUUUACAGAUGCAGGCACAAUCGGGAUAAACUAUGGCAGAGUAGCUAACGACCUUCCUUCGUCAGGGAAGGUGGUUCAGCUUCUCAAGUCUCAGGGUCUCAACCGAGUCAAGCUCUACGACACUGACGCUACCGUUCUCAGGGCCCUUGCCGGUUCAGGAAUCAGCGUCGUCGUUACCCUACCCAACGAGCAACUCUCCUCAGCGGCCAAGCGACAGUCCUAUACCGACACUUGGGUCCAGAAAAACAUCGCCGCUUACUACCCAUCCACCCAAAUCCACGCCAUUGCCGUCGGAAACGAAGUCUUCGUGGAUCCACACAAUAUAACCGAGUUCCUAGUCGCAGCGAUGCGCAACGUUCACGCCGCGCUCGUUAAAUAUAACCUCGACUCCGCCAUUAAGGUGUCCUCUCCCAUAGCCCUUAGUGCUCUUCAGUCCUCCUACCCGUCUUCUGCGGGAUCUUUCAAAACCGAGUUAGUCGAACCCGUCAUCAAGCCCAUGUUGGAUUUUCUUCGCGAGACCGGAUCCUACCUCAUGGUGAACGCUUAUCCUUUCUUCGCCUACGCAGCCAACUCCGACGUGAUUUCCUUAGACUACGCUCUCUUCCGAACUAACCCGGGUGUCGUAGACUCUGGCAAUGGCCUGCGCUACUACAGUCUUUUCGAGGCCCAGAUAGAUGCGGUUUUCGCAGCCAUGUCUGCUUUGAAAUAUGACGACGUGAAGAUGGUCGUGACCGAGACAGGUUGGCCAUCGAAGGGAGAUGAGGACGAGUCGGGCGCAAGCGAGGUUAAUGCAGCUGCUUACAACGGGAACCUGGUGCGCAGGGUACUCGCUGGAGGUGGUACCCCACAGAGACCACAAGAAGACCUCGACGUUUACUUGUUUGCCUUGUUUAACGAAAACAUGAAGCCGGGCCCGACUUCUGAGAGGAACUACGGUCUAUUCUACCCCAACGAAGAGAAGGUCUACGACAUUCCGCUUACGCCGGAAGAGGUGAGGCAGAAGGUUCCAGUUAACGGUGGGAAGAGCCAGAUGACGCCGGUGAACAAUGGGGGCAGUGUUUCGACGAGCUCGUCCGGACAGACGUGGUGUGUGGCGAACGGUAAGGCUGGGGAACAGAAGUUGCAGGCAGCACUAGAUUAUGCUUGUGGAGAGGGAGGAUCUGACUGCCGCCCGAUCCAACCGGGUGCUUCGUGUUACGAUCCUAAUACUCUGGAGGCACACGCUUCGUUCGCGUUUAAUAGCUACUAUCAGAAGAUGAGGCGCGGGAUGGGGACCUGUGAUUUUGAAGGAGCCGCAUAUGUUGUCACUCAGCCUCCCAAGUUUGGAAAAUGCGAGUUUCCGACGGGAUACUAAAAGUUGAGGGAGUUGGGUGGAUGCCGCCGAUUGCCGAAGAAGAAGAG